AUGACAGUGGUGAAAAGCCUGCGCAACUCCUUGGUUUCCAUGAGAAGUGACCCAGAUUAUUUUCAGUCCAUUUUCCAUGACCGUGAAAAAAAGUGUGCCGAAAAUAACAUCGCCAUUCCCCCAGUUAGGAAGAGAAAACCUUCUGUCCUUCUUGAUGAAGCAGCAGCACAGUCUCAGUAUCACUAUGAAACAAAAGAGGAGCAGCAGAGGAUAACUUCAUUUUACCCACUAUUGGAUUCAUUAUUAAUUGGUAUUGACCAGCGAUUUGAACAGGAGUCGUGUGAUAUUGUAACUGCAGUAGGAAAACUGCUAAACUUGAGAAUUCCUAAAGAUGACAUAGAAAUCCUUGCCAACAAAUUUAAGGUGUCAGUGGAUGAAUUGGAAACAGAAGCCACACUGCUAACGGAGUAUGAUGGACCUAAUUCUAAAGGUUGCACCACAAAUACCAUCAAAGAGUGGCUUGAUUGGUUUAAAGAAUCAGAUCGAUCCAACACAUUUAAUGCUUUUUAUAUGUGUGUUCAGUGCUUUACAGUGUUACCUGUGACAAGCUGUUCAUGUGAAUGA